ACUCCUUGAUGUGGAACCUGGCCAGCAGGGAGCAGGCAUGAUCACUAAACACCUUUUCAUAAGUGAACUGCUGGAAUAUAACAGUCUCUUUCUUGGAAGAAGCUUGGGGAGGGCGCAGUUCAGAGCUCCCGGAGAGAUGGUUGGGAAAAGUUGGAUAUUCUUCUUUUGUAUCAUCCAAACAAUCUCUUGUCUCAGUGAGAUCAGAUGGUGCACAAUAUCAGAACUAGAGAAGAAAAAAUGCAAUGCUAUGAAAUCUUACUUUACACAGGCUCAGAUUGUACCUCCUUUGUCUUGUGUGGAUGGGAAUUCAUCAAUCGUUUGUACCCAACUGGUAAAGGAUAAUUUGGCGGAUGCAGUAGUUGUUGAUGGUAAUUUAAUAUACCAAGCUGGAAAACAAUAUAAUUUAAAGCCAGUGGUGGCAGAGGUAUAUGAUCAAGGUAUGGGCACCUCAUACUAUGCUGUGGCUGUUGUUAGGAAGAACUCAAAUAUCACAAUAAAUAGUUUGAAAGGCACCAAAUCUUGUCACACUGGCCUCCAGAAGACUACUGGAUGGAAUGUACCCAUUGGCUUUCUUAUUGACAGUGGAAGAAUGUCUGCUAUGGUCUGCGAUAUUCAGAAAGGAGUGGCCAGCUUCUUUUCCAGAAGUUGCGUGCCUGGAGCUGACAAAGCUUUAUAUCCUUCGUUGUGUGAGCUGUGCAAGGGAGAUGGCGCUGGUCAAUACAUGUGUCUAAACAAUGCGACAGAGUUGUACCAAGAUUAUAAUGGGGCUUUUAGGUGUCUGGUUGAAAGUGGAGAUGUGGCUUUUGUAAAACACAGCACGGUGCAUGACAACACUGAUGGCUUAAACCCUGAUGACUGGGCAAAGGAUCUCUUAUCUACGGAUUUCCAGCUGCUGUGUCGGGAUGGUACCCGCGCACCUGUUAGCAAAUGGAGGGAGUGCAACCUAGCCCGGGUUCCUGCUCGAGCGGUUCUGGUGAGACCUGAUGUGGACGCUUCUCUUAUUUACAAGACUCUGCAUGAAGGACAGCAAAAAUACAAUGAUUUUAGUCCUGACUUCAAGAUGUUUGAUUCUUCUGCCUAUAAUGGUAAUAAUUUGAUCUUCAGAGAUGCCACAACAGAACUUCGACUUAUUUCUAACCAGACUUAUCAAGCCUGGCUUGGCGAUGAAUUCCUGCAAGCAAUGAACGGAAUAUACUGUGAUCCUAACAAACUGCCAAAAUCUUUGCGGUGGUGCACCCUAAACUCACAGGAGGUCUGGAAAUGUGCAGCCAUGGCUAUGGCAUUUAAAAACCAGAGUCUGUACCCAUCAAUCCAGUGUGUGUCUGCUGAAAAUCAGGAAGAAUGUAUGAAAAUGAUUCAGCAAAAAGAAGUUGAUGCAGUAACAUUAGACGGAGGUGAUAUCUACACAGCCGGGAAGAUGUAUGAGCUAGUGCCAGCCGCUGCAGAGAGUUAUUCUGUAAAUGAUUCAUCCAAUAAUUACUAUGCAGUGGCUGUUGUCCAUAAGAACCCUUUUGAUGCCUUCACAAUUCAUGAACUGAAGGGUAGAAAAUCCUGCCACACAGGGUACAAGCGCACAGCUGGCUGGAAUAUCCCUAUAGGAAUCCUGAAGAAGUAUGGUCUAAUCAGACCAGAAGGUUGUAAUAUUGCCAAAGCUGUAGGUGAUUUCUUCUCUCAAAGUUGUGUGCCGGGGAUGAAACAAAAGGAGUUUCCAAGCAAUCUCUGUCAGCUUUGUAAAGGUGAUAUAAAAGGAGAAAACAAGUGUGAAAACAAUACCAUGGAACAAUACUAUGACUACAACGGCGCAUUCAGGUGUUUGAUAGAAGCAGGAGAAGUGGCAUUCGUGAAGCACACAACGGUUUUUGAGAAUUCUGAUGGACACAAUAUACAAGACUGGGCAAAGGAUUUAAAGUCUAGUAAUUUUCAGUUGCUGUGUCCUAAUGGUGCCAGGGCAGAGGUGACUCAGUAUGCAGACUGUAACUGGGCACAGGUUCCUGCUCAUGCAGUGAUGGUUCACCCAGACACUAAUAAACACGUAUUGUUUGGCCUGCUGGAUAAAGCUCAGGAAUAUUACGGGAGAGAGUAUAGCUCUGAAUUUAAAAUGUUUGAUUCUUCACGUUAUAAUAAACCAGAUUUGAUCUUCAAGGACUCUACAUAUAAAAUUGUUCCAGUCAAAGAAAAGAAAACAUAUGAAGAGUGGCUGGGUAGAAAUUACAUAGACUCUUUAGAGGGUCAGCAGUGCUCAUCAAGCAAUGCUUUAACUUCACAGAACAUCGCCUUACUGCUAAUUAGCAAUAUCCUACUAAUUAAGUUUUCUGCAUAAUUACCAACUACUGAGUCAUCAAGAUGUCCUUGGAAAUGUGAUGUAAAAACUUGGAGGUUUUCUCUCUUUUUACUGAAGGCAAGAUCGCCUCUAAGUAAUAAAGGGACAUGUUAUUCAGUGUCUGAGGACCUGCAAACUCUUUGAACUUACUCGAGUGAGAAAAGUCCAUGAUCUCAGCAUUCCUCUGUCUUUUUAAAGAAGUCCAAGUCGAAAUUCUCUAUUUAUUUAAUGCAUUUUAUAUAAUAAUUUUGCAGGAGGAAGGUAUAUGUUUACAUAUGUUAUAUAUGUAUUGAUUCAGAUUGUGUUCAAGUAUCUGUAUUUUGGAUUAAUAAUGUGUAGACAAGCCUCACCGAUCUGCUGUUCACCUAAAACCUUCACUGAUUAGGUAAGACUUAAAGGGGUUGUAAAGGUUCGUCUUUUAUUUUCUAAAUAGGUUCCUUUGAGCUAGUGCAUUGUUGGUUC